GCGAGAUGCCGUUCCUUUGCCUUUGGUCCCUGGAGCUCUCGAUCCCAAAUGCGACCUUUCGCACCAGGCUCAGUACACCAUCAUGUACUACAACGUCCUUCAGUCUUUCUUGAUGUCCUCUCGAAUUCGCCUUGCGGAAUACUGAAAGGACAGCUGAACUGACUAAGCUGUGGAACUUCCAAGCUCAAACGGCCCAAGAUGGCCAGCCCUGAUACAGCAGCCAGAGAGGCGAUCACCAUCGUCUCAGUACUUGCGCUGUUGUUCAUUGCCUCCAUCUUCACCUUCGUCAUUGGCGGGCGGCGCAAAAAUAAUCAGUUAGAUGUCCCAGAUAAGGGCAGUAGCCAAACCGGGGACGGCAGCCCCGACGAUAGACGCAAGAGUCGAGAUGCGAAGAACAAUCGAAGCGAAGAGGAAGACAGAAGCAGCAGGGGAAAGAAACCAAAAAAGGAGAGACGGGAUGACAAGAGCAGGAAGAAAGAUGAGGAGAGAUGGGGGGACAGGGAUGAAGGAGGGACGAGGGGUGACGGCGGCAGGAGAGUUGGAGGGGAAGAGGGUAGUGGCGAUGGCGGUGACCAUGGCGUAAGACGGCAUGGAGGCUCUUCAACUACUCCAGAUUCUUCUGAUCUCAGCUCAGCAUACACCGUUGGGGGAGGCGGCAACGACAACCUACCUCCUGGACCCCCCGGCACUCGCGCCGGCACAAUGAAGGACGUAUUUCGUAUCGCUGAUGACCUCAAGCUUACUGUUCAGAGUAACCCAGACGAUAGAUAUCGAAUACGGACAAUAUACAAUGUAGAUUCCGAUGAUUGGGCCCCCGGAGGUGGUAGUUGGCCUCGACAAGGCGAUGGUCCAGGAGGGGGAGCAGAGGCUAUCAGGAUUCCUUUUACCUCGAUGGGCCCUGCUACUCCACUCACCCCAGGUUUCGUUCCUGCUUUUGACCUACCUCCUACUACCCCUGGUCCCUUCUGGCAAACUGAGCGCACUCCCAACACUCCUGUGAUGACGCCUGUAUCAGCCUACCCGCCUGUUACAGCCACACUGCAACAUGUCUAUCCUGUUCUUGUCUCUGAUGUUUCUGAGGAUGGUUUAGAUCCUUGGGCCUACACUUCCGCGGCCCCUGCCAAGACGACUUUCACGGCAGAAGAGCUUGGCUGGUAUAAGCAACGUAAAGAAGCUACGAAGCCAGAGACCCUUUCAGAUGAAUUGCGUGCUCCUGGACUGGAUGAGACGCUGGGACCUGGGCUGGACCCAGGUAACAAGUAUGCAUCUACAAUGUUCGGACACUUGGGCAGGACCCGCACUGCAAAUGUGGGAGAUAUUACCGUUGGAAGCCCUAGAAUGGAGACCUCAGGAGCGUGGGGUGAAGCUCCUCUGAUGAGUCCUAUUAAUCUCAACCCGAUCUACGUGCGAGAUCCAAAGGAUCGCAGUGACGAUCAGAUUCCCAUACUGCUCUCGCCCCUCAAAGCCCCCAACAAAGUUAACCAAAUUAGAAAGGGAGGGGUUGACCUAGAGGAGAAGAUGAAGGCUGAUGACAGAAAGCAUUCCAAAGUUACAAUUCCUCCGUUGCCAAUUAAAAUCCCCAUGACCUCCAAGGUACGAUUUGAGGAGGUCUCGUCCAGACCUACUACUUCUUUUGAUAUAGAAGAAGUUGAUGAGGCUCGAUGGAUGAAGAAGAAUGACUCGGACAGCAAGGUCAAAAUCCGGAAUGUAAAGAAGAAGGAAACGGCCAAUGAACAAGAACAGGAAGAAGAGAAAAACGAAGUCAAGGCGGCAUUUGAGGACGAGGACAUCGUUGAAGAUGAAAAGCCAAAGGGAAAGCCAAAGAAGAAGGAGAAAAUUGAGAAGACGGCAGAAAAGAAGGAAAACAGUACUGAAAAGGUCAAGAAAUCGGAAGAGGUGGAAAUACUUGUUGGGGAUCCGAAAACAGGAAAAACUGUCAAAAAGAAGAUCGAAAAAGAGAUCGAAGAGUCUGAAGAUGAGAAAGUGGAAGCUAAAAACUCCAGCAAAAAGAACAAAGAGAAAAACAAUAAUCGAACAGAAGGUGAAGUACCCAAGAGAACUAACAGAAAGGAAAAGAAGAAAGAAAAUAGGAAGCAAUUAAGCGGUGAUGAGACGGAAGAAAAGGAGGAAGAGGAAGGAGAAGAGGAGGAGGAUGGAGAGAAUGAUAAGAACGGUAAGAAACAGAAUAAAAAGCUUGUGAAGAAGAAGAAGACGAAAAAGGAAAAUAAAAGGGCAGCUGAAGAAGAGGCGAAAAACAGGGAAAGGAAGAGAAGCAUGGAGCGAGGGGAUGAAGUGGUAGAAGACCAAGCUCAAGAUGAAAGCUCAGAGGAGGCUGUGUACGAGAAAUAUACGGAUAGCAAUGGCAAGAAACGCCUUCGCAGAGUUCCUAUUGAUACAACGCGCAUUAAAAGGAAACCAAAGAAGAACAAGCAGCGUAUGGCUGAUGCCGGUCAGUACAAUGAAUACAUUGAUGACGAAGAAGAGAUGGACGAGGUGCAAGAAGCAGCGCGGGUGAAGAAGACAAAAGCUUCAAAACAGCAACAACCGCGACAGGAAACGAGACAGGGACGCAUUUUUCAUGACGAGCAGUAUUUCCAGGAUACAGCUCCGAUCAAUCUUGCUACGUCAGAUCAAAUUAAUCAAAUGCAACCAUUUCGUCGCCAGCGUAGCUAUAAUAAGGAACUCCUCCAGACUCGGCUCGAGGACAUUGAAGACGAGUACGAUAACCCAAACCUAACGACGAACGAACGCCGUGACAUCGCCAGUAGGCGUUUGCGAAUGUUGUCUAACCAUAAAGCUGCUGAGAAAGAGGCUGACGAGCUUCAGAGAUUGAUGGCUGAGGGCGGCCGGGGGGAUGUAGGGGAUCCGCCUGAUGAGGUGACACGAGAGCGGAAAUCUCUUCGAGAAAAAAUAAAGGAGAAAUUUGACAAAACAGAGGAGGCAAAAAGGGAAGACGCACAAACUGAUGAAUCUAACAUCAGAUUGCGCACCGAAAAGGAGGAGAUCGCAUUGGAAGAUAAUGUCAGAGUAACGGCUGAAGUCCGGCAACCUACCAAGCCUCAAAAGACAAGUACCUUGCACGACCAGGAUACACAUGCACCGGUAUUGGAGCUCGCAUCAACUAACGCUGAUGAUCGCAAACCGGAUGCAUCGCCAUUAGCUGCUUCUACAGAGAAGUUACGCGAGGACGAGAGUCAAGAAAAACCUAAAGAGCGAAAGAUAGAUCCAAGGCUUGACCUACUGGCAUCUAGACGUCCAGGUCAAGUAGCCGAUCCUCGCCAACCAAUACAGGCCCCCCGAGCUUUAGCUCCAAGUGCGAGGAGCAUGGAGGAACUGGAAGCAAAUAGACUGCAUCUACGAGAGAGACGCCACCCAAAGAAGGAGGAAACACGGGAGGAGACUGAAGCCGAAGAAAAAGAUCAAGUAGAUGAAACCAAUGAAGGAGAAGGAUUGCACACUUUGAGAAGUGAGACUGGAUCACAUGUAACUUCGCAUCCUGACCCUGAGAACCCCGCCGAAGUGGCCGGGCUGGCGACAAGGCGAGAAGUAGGGCCACCUGUGUCUACGCCUGAACAGGAGUCUGAUGAGUCUCAAAGCGUGGCUCACAGUCAGCGCAUAUCCGAUAAUACCGCCCAAGAACCGGAAAUCGAAAUAGAAAAGAUUCAACCUCCUAUCGUAGGCGUACAACUUCAGAGGUGGAUGACACAAGACGAAGAGACCGAGACCGAGUUAACAACUGCUGAAGCAGCUAAGAGAGCAGCUCUUGAGCGCAGGGCACAUUGGGAGCGGGAAAGGGAGACCGCUGGAGAGAGUACAAAUUUGACACAGCUACCCAGCGAAUCUGAAGCAGUUGAAAGCCAUAGUCGUGAAUUGCUUGAUCUCAACAACGUCCGUCUGCCUUCUGCAGAGGAUAGACAGGUAGAGGAGGCGGUAAUGAAUGAUGAUCACCAAAGUCAAAUCAUUACCGCUCGAAAGUCCAUUGAACUUCAACCCCCUUCGGCCAACUCUGACCAUCAAAUUGUUACGCGUAGUCAUGCUGUCGCAAGGCGACAGACCCCUUUGACGGUUGCCCCCAAUGCAUUGCAAAAUAUCAGCGAUCAUCGUUUACUAGCUGACCAUUACGAGUCGACGGGCCAAGAAAUUGAAACACACCAACAAACAGAUUAUUUGCCUGCUGCAAUACGGGCCGAGCAUGAAUUUGAUGGGGCCGAUGAAGAAAUGCUCACAAAAUCGGGCAUGGUAAUAGAAGGAAAGAAAAGGCCAAUGGCUAUCGUAAACUCUGCAUCAUUCAACGAGACAGAAAAUGGACAAGCUAUAGGAUCAGACCUUGUGCAGCCGAACAGUAGAGCUGGGGAAAGACAAGUGCAGGUUCUUGAUUCGGACUCCAUUACCGAAAGGGGCACAGGGACUGUCGGACCUCAGUCUAUUGCUUCCCUCAAGGCUCGACAGCAGGAGCCAUUAGUAGGAAACAAGCAAGUUCAGAUGGACUCCCAACCUUCUUCUGAUAUUGCUCGUCAGAUACCAGACGUAGAUCGCCAUCGCCCUGUUUUCGAUCUGACCGAUCUCAGCGAAGAACAGAUAGCAGAAUAUGAGCUCACAGGCAGCCUGCCGCCUGCUCUCCGAGCUGAUUACGACCUGGAAGAACACUCCGAUGGUGGGCCAGCGACCACGAGUGUACAAUUGGGCAUCAGAAGCGGAAGGCGACGGCAAGCUGCAUUUGGUUCUACGUCGCACGGUGAGAAGGAAGAGAUGACAGAAUCACAGAUCGUGCCUUCCAACAGAGCUCCCAGCCAGCCAGCCCCAGAACGGCCAGUAAUCGACUCAAUGUCUCUCCACGACCGACAGACUAUAGAGGAGAGGAGUUCUCAGCUCGUACCCUCCUCUACUGGAGCAUUACUAGGACGUGUUCGCGAGCGGGAACGACCAGCACUAAGCUCGGUGCCGCACGAGUCAUCAGACAGCGAAGAGGAAGCUGAGGUUGAUGGAAACGCACUUGUGCGAUCCAAAGACUUGCUCAGAGAAAGAGAACGACCACAGCUCGACUCCGUUCCUUUCGAAGAAAGGGAAAGGAUAGAGGAAACUGGAACAGACUUCGAACGUGCCAAAGCAGCACGCCGGAGAUUGGAAAGUGUUAGUGGUCCUCGUACCCUUGAUUUUAUGUCAUACGAGGAUCGUCAGGGACCAGCGAGCGAUAACCCCUCCUUUCUGGGCGAGACUGAUACCUACGACGAGAUCGAUGUGGAACAUCUGACUAAUGAGCGUAGGCAGCGUCUUUUAGCCGAAACGGCACAUUACUUAGAUGAAAGCGGGCAUGAAGAAAGUGGAGAGAGGAUCAUGGAGGAGACAACAAAAAUGGAUAUGAAGCCCUUUAAUUUCAGCCAAGAUGAUGUUGAAUCAGAGAGAAUGGCGGACACAGACAUAGUACGAGCAACUAUGCCUCGUAGUCCCAAGAAGCUUGCCGAUCCCAUUUCCCCUGACCAAGACAAUGUCGUUGUUCCGAGACAACGCGCGGUCCCCACCCGCAUUGUCACGAACAAACCUAUUGACAAUGAUGGCGAGUCCAUUCCGCCCUUGAGUGGAAGCACCGCCAUCAAUUCCUCUGACGAAGAGGAAUUUGCUGAUCAGACUCAUGCACAAAUGAUCAACAUAAAGAAUAUGGAGGCUGACCAGACAGUGGCAAUCAAGAAUGCCUUAGCUGACAAUCCGGCGCUUGCUCACGAGUAUCAAGAGGCGAGGCUGAGGCAGCGCAACGAGGAUGACAUUCAAAUCAACCACAGAAAGGAGUAUGCAAGGAGACAAAAAAAUAAAGGAGCCGACGAUUCGGACAGAGACGCAGAAGACCUUGGCAGGAUACCGUUUGGGUACGAGCCAGAUAACACGAACGACAUUGUUUCUAUCCACAUCACGUCAGAUGAAGACACGCAUGAGCCUGCCUCGCAGCAGCCUAGCAGACAACCUCCAUUACAGUUAUCUCCCCGCCAACAGCCUUCUCCAGAACAAGGAACCGAUAGUCCCGAUCCUCUAAGGUCGCCGGUUGAAAUUACCUCUUCCGAAAAUGAGAAUGAGGUGUCAACCGAAUCCACAGAUCGAACCCCUGCUGAAGUCGCGCGGGAUCAUUGGAAGAAUCAGUCUGACAGGGAACGUCAACAAAGAGCAAACGAAGAUCAGGCACAGAAACCAUCCACUCACGAGGCGGGAAGUGACCAACAAAGUGAUGAUGAACCUGCCGCAGCGGAUAGCCAGAGCCAGGAAAAGAAAGCAGACUCGACUGAGGGACAACGGCCGCCUCUCGCACCACCAUCUCGUACAGGGGAUGAACUGUCUAGUCCCAAAACACAACCUGACAGGCAGCACGAAACCGAUCAAAAAAGGAAGAAGCACAGGCGAUUCGGGCACGAGGAUAGACGAGGUCGUAAAGAGAAUUUGGAUGAAGAGAUAAUCCCUGAGAUGUCCAAGAAGGAGCUGCGCGAGCAGAGACUUGAAGAUAUGGCGAAAGGGCGAGAAGCUGAUGAGAAAAGAGAGAAUGAACGAGAUGAGGUGAAGCACAGAGAUGCGAAAUCCAAGGAGAACGGGAAAAAACGGGAUGGUGACCAAGGGAGUGGAGGUGGGAGGGCCAAGGAGGGCAAGAUAACUGGUGAUGAGAAAAAGGACAGUAUCAACAGAGCCUUAUACAAUUCAAGGAUUGCGCUGGGACCAGUGACCCUUGUGAAGGCAUCCUGGCACAUCCUCAAAAUCGCACCUGUAUGGUCCUUCUUUGUUGUAGCGACUCUAGCACUAUAUAUCGAAGUCUCUCGUCAGCUCUUCGAAAUGCUCAGCGUAGCUGCAGGAACAGCAGUACUCACCAAGCGUGCCAUUAGCAACAGUACCCCAGUUGAUCUCUCCGUCACCCAAAGCUGGUUCUCAGAUCUCGUCAAGAACCUAUCGUUUGAGCCCACAGCUUUCUUUGCAUUUAUCAGCAUGUGGAGCAUUAUUUGCAUCCCUAUGAUGGGUCUUCUCAUUCACAAGACACUGAGCGUCGCUGCUGAACCAAAAGGGACAAAUUAUUGGAAACAUAUGUGGCAGGACUUCAAAGAAUAUGGCCGAGGCAGUCUACGGGUACUCAUUAUGGGUCGCCAUUUCUCCACUCCUCGAGUUUUCUGGCGUCGCUCAACCCGCUGGACAUACUUGCGUAUCCUCAUUUUUUCCAUCCAAUUGGUCGGCGCCGUGCUCAUUAUUCGCCAGAUGAUGAGCCUAAUAUACAUUGUCGGUACUGGAUCGUCCACGUCCUUCUCUAGCUUGCCUGAUGUCGCCUCCUCCCAAAAAUCCAUGAAAGAAGUAGCAGAAAGUCUUGACGCCGAAGGGGCGUUCGCCAUCGUCAACUUCCUAUUUUUCCUUUUCCUUCUCACAAUAGCAGGGUCUUGGUACGCCCUUCUUCACCCACGAAUUCGGUCUCUCUCCAAAAGGUCUUCUUCUGAAACAACCGACAAAGAGUCAAACAGUGGGCGACAAGGUCGAUAUCACCUCCCGGGCGUCCGAACGUCCCUGAAAUGGCUCUUCAUCUUGGUCGUCGUUGUCACCUUCACAGCCAGUUUGCUCUAUUUCCGCGACAUUGCGUCGUAUAUCACCAAACAAUCGGGUGAUAGCGCGAAUGGCAAUAUGAUGAUCUUGGGAGUCAACUGUAUCUUCAUGAGCCUAAUGGCGGCGAUGGGCUAUGUAGUUUAUGAGUUGGAUAAAAUUUGGGUGGGACAGUUGAAGGAGAAGUUUGUGAAGACAUCUGGGAAAGGGUUCAGGCUGUCUGGUUGCUGGAGAGACAAAGAUGAGUCGAUGGCGUAGAUAUAAUAUAAGUAACGAAAGUAUAAUCAAAGUAUAAUUUUGCGUGAAAGUAGAUAGACA